AUGGGUGCCGAACAUUCACGGCGGCAUCAUCAAGCCGAAACAGUACCAGACAAUUUUUCAUCAUCAUUACAGAAUUCCGAUCUCACACAACGUAAAAAACAUCAACGAAUGGAUCGAUUAAGGCGAACGUUAAGUUUUCGUAGUAGAAGAAAAGAAAAUUUAUCGAAUAAUAAUAACUCGAACACAUUACCGAAUAAAAAUGACAAAUCUCUUAAUUCAACGAAUGAAAACAAGCCAUCACAGUGGCAAGAUGAUGAAAAAGCUGUGCGUAUGGAUACUUGUAGCUUUAAUGUUAAAUAUCUUGGUAGCGUUGAAGUACAAGAAUCUCGAGGAAUGUACGUAUGUGAACAAGCUAUUCAAGCUUUAUUGAAUCAAAAAGUUAAACACAUAAAAGCAGUGUUACACAUAUCAUGUGAUGCUCUUCGUGUUGUUGAUCAAACAAAUAAGAAGGGUCUUAUUGUUGAUCAAACGAUUGAAAAAGUAUCAUUUUGUGCACCAGAUCAUCGCCAUGAAAAAGGUUUCGCUUAUAUCUGUCGAGAUGGUACUACACGUCGAUGGCUUUGCCAUUGUUUUCUCGCAACUAAAGAGACAGGCGAACGUUUAAGUCAUGCUGUUGGUUGUGCGUUUCAAGUAUGUCUUGAACGAAAACAAAAACGUGAUAGUGAAUGUAAUGUUACUGUUGAAUAUACACAAAAUGGUACAUCAUUUACAAAAUUUGGUUCAUUUCGUACAACAUCAAUUGCUGAACGUAUUAUUGAUCCUCAAAGUGCUAUUGUUGUUGAGCCAAUUCCAUAUACAUCAACGAUUAUAUCAUCUAAUCAGAAAAAUAAUGCUAUUGAACGACCUCGACCAAAAGGACAUAGUUCUGAUGCAUUCAUUCGUAGUGCUUCAAUGCGAUUAGAUAAUCCAAAUCAAGCCGUAAUCAACUCAUUUAAACGACAAAAUUCAUUGAGACCUAGUGAUUUACCAUCAAUACAAGAAUCAAAAUAUAAAGAUUCAAUACCAACUACAAUUCCAGAAGAAGUUGAAUCGGCAUCAUCGAUCAAUGAACUAUCAAAAUUAUCACUGUACGAUUCAACCAAUACUUUUACUCAUAAUCAUUUUCCCCUUCCAAUAACAAAAUCUUCGAUCAUUCCAUUAUCAUCCAGUGUUAAAAAUGAAAAUAUAUCGUCAAAUAUUUGGCCAACAAAUCCACUAUCAAUCAUUCCAGAACAAUCUCGACAAGCGAACACAACAACAACGUCAAUAAAUGAUGCAUUUGAUUCAAAUUUAUCGGCACUUGUUCAAAGUAACCAUCCAAUAAAUCCAUUUUCGCCAUAUGGCUACUCUGUAGCAGCUCAAGCUCAAUCAUCAAAUGGAAAUCGUCAACAACUACCUAUAUUCACACCGAAACGAGGUUCAAAUCCAUUCGAUGAUGAUCUUAUACGGCGAUAA